AGACGAAAAGGAGAAGAAAAAUAGAAGAAAGAAACAUAGCUAUAGCAAGAAGAGGUAAGCCUACCAUGGAUGCCAAAGUGACCCAAGAACUGAAGUGGCUAUUUUCACGUCUAGUUAUUGAUCUCAAACAGAACAUUACAUUAGCUUGGCAAGUAAUUAGUUUAUGGAUUUGGCUUGAAGAUGCAGGAUUUCCCAACAUUCUUUUCAAGUUGUUAGUAUCAUCAAAUGCAACUAUACAUUUUGUGAUAAAGGAGACAAUGGUAUGCUUGGACUGUGUUGAAAUGGGUACAGUUCCUACUCCUCCUUUUGAUGGUAUCCCAUUUAUACAUCUCCUUACAAAUGGCAUCUCCCUCCAAUUUUUUCAUGACAAAAGAAGGCAAGCUAUGGAGGGUAUACUUAGAGUUGCAGAGAAUAUCUGGGCUAAAAGAUUCCAGGAUACUGAGUUGCAUUCAAUAUUUUCUAGUGCAAUCCAACAACCAAUAGUGGAUCAAAUGAGAAUGCCCUUUGAUGAAGGCAGCAGUAGGGGGACUGAUGAUAGAGAAAGAAUGAUAAUGCCCUUUGGUGAAGGUGGGAGUAGGGUAGGUGAUGUGAGAGAAAGACAAAUGAUGCUAGGCUUAUCACCCUUCUUUGCUCACCCAAACUUAGAUGCUUUCACAGCACAAUGGAAUGUCAUAGUACCAAAGGAGGAGAGAAGCAUGUUUAUGACAUUUUCGAGGGGAUAUCCACUUACACAACGUGAAGUACAGAAUUUUCUUACCAGAUUGUAUGGGGAUUGCGUUGAAUCAAUCAACAUGCAAGAGGUGGUUCCCCCCAAUGUUCAAUCAUUUUAUGCAUUGGUGGUGUUUAAGCUAGCAUCAACAGUAGAAAUAAUUCUCAAUGGCAGAGAGAAGGUGAACUUUGUCAUUAAUGGAAAACAUGCCAGGGUACGACGCUGGGUACCAAAGUGAUCAGAAAUCUAAUGUAAGGGGUUUCAAUAAUUUACAAUCUUCAGAGACGUGAGCUUGUAUUUUUGUGUUCCAUGUGUAAAAGAGAAAUGAUUUGGAAUAAAACAAUAAAACAUAUAUUAGAGCUUCA